AUGGGGCAGGCCAGAGGUGCAGGCACUAACUUGGACAGGGAACUCGAUGAGGUGCGAAGGGUUAUGGCUACCCCUGCACCGGAUGCGAGCCCUGCUGAGUUGCACCAGCCACUGGGCCAAGCGCAGGUCUCCUUCAAUCGCCUACGAGAGGAACUAAUAAAGAUGAGGAACGAGCUAAAUGAAUUUAAGGCCAAGGUAGCACCCAGAGCACAAUCCCAGGCCCUCAAGUUGAUUGCUCAAGGCCCACUGGAUGCCGCCAUUGUCACCCUAGCAAAGAAGUAUGCUUACUUUUAUCACUUAUGGGUCCCUAGCGCUCCUGAGUCCAAGGCCAUUGCUAAUGGUGCCGAACUUUACCUUAUGGUUCCCCCUGAGCUUCAGGCUCAGACUAUGAAGUAUGAACACUUCGAGCAACUCAUAAUUCACAUCUAUGGUGAAUGGACUGGAUCCUGGUGGCACUCGGUGACUGGAGAAAGAGAACUGGACAAUCCUGCCUUUUGUCACUCCUCAAGCGAAACCCAGCGAAACCAUGAUGAGGCAUAUACACCACUCGCACCAAUCCUUUUUGAAGACCCAUCAGCAAUGAAUGUCUCUGGCCUCUUCAAAAACAAGGCGCUCACUCAGAUUGCAUGUGUGUUGCACUUCGGAAAAGGUGUCCUGACAGGCAAGAAAAAAGGUGGUCCACCUGGCAGGGGUCAGAAAUUGAAGGCAACAACAAUGCCAGAGGGCAUCAUCACAAUUUGUUGUACAUUUGCCCGCUUCCUGCUCUCUGGGGAUGAUGAAUUCUCAUCUACUGGUAGUCAAACUGGAAUUUCAUAUGAGAAGGACUUCGAAUUCUAUAUAGAGCUGCUCCAAAAACAAGAGAACAAGAAGUGGGCUUUGGGGAUCUUUGAGCACUUUGAUAAUGCCAUCUUUGGCGCAAACCAACGUGAUGGAUCCCAACAACCACCUCCUGAAGCUGAAGAUUCUGUUGAGGCACCGAGAAGCUGGGAAGAUGAUAUCUUGGCACAACUUGGAGGUGUCAGCAGGACUGCAGAGGUAAACUCAAACCCUCCCACUGUCCCCAUCACCAGCCAGUCAGCUACACACCCUUCCAUUCUCACCAGCACCAUUCAAGCUGAAGACUUCCCUCCUCAGAUACAUACGAACUCGCUUGGUGCCACCAGCACUGCCUGGGGGAAUGGCACUUCCAUCUCCGGUGCUAUUCAGCCAAAUACAAACCUUAGCUCCCAACCAUCUGUUUCAACCCAUCUGAAUCCUCUCGACCCCCUUGUUGUUGUGCCAGCCUUAGCCACUAAGAAAGGCAAGAAAGCAACCCAAGGACAGGCUAAGGCAAUGGAGGAAGGCAUCGGGGCUGUUCCAGCAAGGGUUACCUGCAUUACUAGACAAAAGAAAUAG